AUGAAUAUAAGAAAGCUAUCUUGCAUAUUCACAAUAAUAGGAUAUUCUGGUUAUAUAAUGGGAACACUUCCACCCCGCCCCCUGUUGCACACAUAUAAUACACACAUUAAGACAGCAGAAAAUGAAAAGAUGGUUAUAGAUAUUUAUCUGCGCAUUAGAAAAGAAUCUUUAUCAAAGACACUUCAGAUGGUGCUUUCUAUGGUGGAGAUAACUGAGAAUGCAAGUGAAAUAUUAAAUAAAUCUACUAUGAUAAAUAAGCAAAGGAAAAACAUUCAAAGGCUAUUGAAAUAUCAGAAAUAUAAAGAAGAACUCAUCCAGAGAAUGGACUCUAUAUAUAAUGAAAUGUCUAAAAUAAAUAAAACCAGUGUUUUGUACAAGAUGAAGGUGGCUGAGCUCUUCUACUACAUUUAUGCGAUAACCACGCAAGUACCGUAUCCCUUCAAAACUAUGCACUAUUUAGUAAAGUAUGCUGGAAAUAUAGAAAAAUAUAAAGUUGCAUUAAACAAAGCCAUUAAAAGAAACAUGAAUUCAAUAUUGCAUAUAAAUUUCCCAGAUAUAGACAGAAAUGACGAAGAAUUUGAUAGAAAAAUACAAGACAUGCAGGACAGUGUUGACAUGUUUUUAUCCCAAGUUGAUUCAGAGUUCUAUGAUAUAGGUUCUUCUAAGAUGAUAUUUGAUGUUGCUAAGCUUUAUAUAUUUUUGGCUCAAAUACGGGAUGUUGACCUGCCACUUGAAUGCUUAGAAGAAAACAUCAUUGCUCUCUAG